AGAGCUGGAGCCCAGCAGAGCCCUGGGCAUGUGGGGCUACCUGGCCCUGCUGCCUGCCUUCCUGGCCCUCUGGGCAGCCACCAGCAUCUGGACUGUGAUUCUCCGUUACCACCAGUUCCGGGACUGGGGCGUCGGGAAGUGGUUUAACCAGCUGAUCCUCUGGUCAGGGCUCCUCUGUGCCUUCGGCACCUCCGUGGUGGGCAAUUUCCAGCAAAAGAACCAGCUGGCCACGCACCUCACGGGCGCCUUCUUGGCCCUCUUCGUCGGCCAUGUCUACUUCUGGCUGCAGCUCUUUCUCUCCUGGAGGAUGAAGAGCCUGCCCCAGCCCGGGGCCCCGUGGAUCGGGCCGCUCCGCCUGCUCCUCUGCAGCCUCUGCACCGUCCUCUUGGUGACCAUGGUCAUCCUGCACACCAGCCUGCAGCGCUCCGCCGCCGCCGUCUGCGAGUGGGCCGUGGCCAUGCUGCUCUUCCUGCUCUUCGGCCUCCUGGCCGUGGACUUCUCCGGCCUGGAGGGCUGCACCCUGUGUCUCCGGCCGGGGCCCAGCCUCAGCCUGCAGCCCGCCUCCCCCGUCUCCCUGCAGACCUCGCCGCCGCCGCUGCCGCCGCUGGCCCAGGCACUCUGA